AGACAGGUGUCAUAGCGCUUGUAGGUGCCGCAAUUGUUGCAACUUUAGUUCUCAUAAUUACAAGGGAUCGGCUUGCAAUGAAGAACCAAAUCAGUCGUAUGAAUUCAUUUGAAGACUGGAGAGAGAAACAACAGACAAUGGAAGAAAGUGUGCACAGUAGGAACCUAGACAAGAACCCACAAACCGAAGUUUUGGAGCAAACGGUGAAAAAUAUGGAGAAAGCAUUGCAGACAAUGAAGAUGAAAAUGCAGGAGAAGGAAGUGGAAAGUAAACAAGAAGUUGAAGCACUUCGUAAUCAGCUGAAUGAUGCACGUGCAUCUGGGAAAGUGUCAUCCCGGACGCAGAACGUCAAGGAUCCUUUACGAAUUACAAAGUGGUGGCAAGCCUCGUCUCUCUUGAAGUGGGACUGGGAGAAACCCCCGGAGUACACGUGUGGCAAGGUCGUGAUGAAGGGCAACUGGCACAUUUGUAAUGACAGCAAAUUUGAGGUCAAGCCACCGUGUCUAGUCUACUCCUUUGGGAUAUGGAAUGACUGGUCGUUUGAUGACGCAAUGGGAGCUUUUGGUUGUGAAGUUCAUUCUUUUGACCCAAGUAUCGGACUAAAGCCCUUCGACAGAAGCAAGAAUGUCCACUUCCAUGACCUUGGCCUCUCUGGGAAUGACAGCGACAUGUAUGUUCCUACUAAGGACAUAUACGUUAAAAAGACAACAACAUGGAAGAUCAGACGCCUCAAGACCAUCAUGGAGAUGCUUGGACAUACAAAUAGACACCUGGAUGUUCUAAAGAUUGACAUAGAAACAAGCGAGUGGCCGGCGGUGAAGGACAUUGUGGAAUCUGGCCUGUUCUCCAAUGUCAGACAGUUUUCUGUAGAGUGGCACCUGUUUCCAGAAUAUCCAAGUAGACCGGAAUUCAUAGGUUUUUAUGCAAACGUCAUGGCCAUGAAGGAGCAAGGAUUACGAACAUUUAGAUCCAGUUUCCAUACAAAAGACUACAGCGACAAGAACUUCCGCGUCCAGGCAGAUGUUAACUACGUUAAUACAUUGUAUAAAGGCAUUUAACACAGCAAUACGAUUAACCGUCUAAACCAGCUGUCCAGACGAAUGUUCUUGCUCACUUCCGGAAGUGAGCUGAAUAUGACAUAUUUGCAGCCACAUGAGCUACAGGUGUCAUGUAAUCAUAUAUUGAAGUCUGGCGGAUAUGGAGUUAGCCGGAGGUGUUGCAACUUCAAUAGUAGGGCCGCUGAAUCUACACAGGUUCUUCAUUUCAGAUUGCUUUGUACAUGCCUUACUAAAUGUAAAUGCAAAACUUG